AUGAACAACAACAGCAUCAACCCAAGUGGUGGUAGAGGUGUUGGAACUGAUGGUGGUGAUGGUGGUGAUGGAAGGAACGAGAGCAUCCAGCAACAAGAGACAGAAACAACUUCUCGAGAAGAACAUCAUCAUUUGUUGCAUCAUCGUCCUCAUCUUUCGAAUUUGUUGCAUCACCAUUCUUCUUCAAAUGUUAGUGAACAAGGUGGUAGCGACAACACCAGUGGCACAACUACUUCUAAUAGUGGUGGCCAAAGCCGUCGUGAGGGAACAGCAACAACCACACAGCCAGAACAAGCACGAGAAGAUGUCUUUCCUGCGGCUGAGUAUGACAUUCCACCACCCUCUCCUUCAGUGUACCCAAUGAGAAGAGCAAGCUUUUUGUUUCCUACUUAUCAACAGUUCCUUCAGCAGCAACAACAGCCUGCAAUGCCCUCUGAGCAAGUGCCUGCAACAGCAAAGGAGUUUACCGAACAAGCCAACUUACCUCCUGGAUUGGAAAGGCGUCGCUCCUCUGUUCUGUCCAUGCUCAUGCCCAGACCCUCUCUUGAAGCACAAGGUAUUACUACUGCAUCGACAAUUCCAAGACUCUUUGAGGAAGUAAGACAAUCGAUUGAUAUUGUUCACGAUGCCAAAGUACAAGAUGCAAAGAGAGCAAAAGAACACAAAAGGCAUCCCAUUAGGGCAUUUAUCAAGUCUCAUUUACGUAAAAAGGAGGUUGAACAAGCCACUAAGAAAGUUGUGAAAAUUGAGGAGCAUGAAAUGACUUGGGAGAAAGUCUGUGAAAUGUAUGGAACACAAUUUAAUGUCGAUAACCCUGAAAGCUCGUACGGCUUGUCUCAACAAGUAGCAGAAGAGCGUCUGAAAGUGAAUGGUCCUAAUCAAUUCGCUCCUCCAAAGGGUCGAUCUUUUUUUUGGAAAGUUGUCGACCAAUUCACCACUCUGUUCGCCCUCUUGAUGAUAGUUGCAGGAAUAUUGUGCUUCAUAGAUGUGAUCAUUGAAAGAACUGCCUCCUCAUUUCCAAAUAUAUUUCUUGGAGCCAUUUUGUGGCUUGUUGUUAUUAUGAACGCCAUUAUCACAUUGGCCCAGGAACAUAGCUCUGAGAGAACAAUGGCUGCGUUCUUGGCUCUGCAAACAGCGAAUUGUAUGGUCAUAAGAGAGGGAGCCAUGCAACGAAUCGAUGUCAAAGAAUUGGUACUGGGUGACUUGGUUGUCAUAAAUGCCGGUGAUAAGGUACCAGCUGAUUUGAGAGUUCUCUCAUGCAAUAACCUCAAAAUGGACAACAGUUCUCUGACUGGAGAAAGUGAGCCUCAGUCUCGUAGCGUCGAAUCCAAUGCUCAAAAUCCACUCGAAGCAACCAAUUUGUUGUUCUUUGGUACUAUUGCAGUUGAUGGAAAUGGUAUUGGUGUGGUCAUUAGAACUGGCAAUGCGACUGUCAUUGGACAAAUUGCUGUGAUGGCACAAACUAGCUCACAACUUAAAACACCACUUGGUAGACAAAUUGAUCACUUUGUUAGAUUCAUUGGCAGCAUGUCAUUAAUCAUGGCAGCAAUUUUCUUUAUCAUUGGUCUGGCCCUUGGAAAUCCGUGGUUUGUUGUCUUUAUUUACUGUAUCGGUAUUGUCGUUGCCAAUAUUCCUCAAGGUCUUCUUGCCACAAUGACUCUCUGUUUGACCGUUUCUGCACGUCGUCUUCAAGCUGUAAAUGUGCUCGUCAAAAAGCUGGAACAUGUAGAAACCCUGGGUGGUGUAUCUUGUCUUUGUUCAGAUAAGACUGGAACCCUAACACAAAAUAGAAUGACACUUGUAGAAAUGUGGGUUGAUGGCUCUUUUGUUGACGUUCGUUACAACAGAAUGAUGAAGCAAAAGCCAUCAGGAGCUUUGACCAACUUUUCAGAUAUUCCAGAGAACGAUCUCAGCACAGAGCAAAAAAUUACCCGUUGCUGUGCUCUCUGUUCUAAAACCAUCUUUGUUGAAAAUGAACUCAAUCUGCAAAAACCAAUUUUAGAUAAAGAAUGUCUUGGAGAUGCAUCUGAGACCGCCUUGAUCAAGUUUGUUGAAACUCGUGAAAAUUGCUCCACUCUGUAUGACAUUAGACGUCAAUUCCCAAAACAAUAUGACAUUCCAUUCAAUUCCAAGAACAAGUGGAUGUUAACUAUUCAUGAGUGCGUCAAUAAGGAGAUUUUCGAGCCUGGUCAACUUCUUACUCUCAUCAAAGGUGCUCCAGAACGUGUUAUUGGCAGAUGUAACUCGAUGCUUAUUAGAGGUCAAAUUGUUCCUCUCAAUGAAGACCUAAAAGAGCACUUCCAGGAUGCCUACAAUUUUAUGGCAUCUAAAGGUGAGAGAGUUCUCGGUUUGGCACAACGUUUCACCAGCGCAGAUAUUGUCAACACUGUAAAAUCUAGGGAAGAAAAGGGAGCAGCCGAAUCAAUCACUACCAAAGAAGAGCAACAGAAACAUCAAGAAACCCAAGUGGAUGCUUCUGCUCCAAUCAUUGCACUUGCUUCAGAAACUCGUGAGGAAUUAAGCACAGCAGAACAGCAAGUCGACAUUCCAACAGAUGGCUUUUGCUUUCUUGGAAUGGUCGCCUUGACCGAUCCACCUAAGGUGGGAGUUCCAGAGGCUGUAGGAAAAUGUAAGAGAGCUGGUAUUCAGGUAGUCAUGGUCACAGGAGAUCACCCUGCGACUGCCAAAGCCAUUGCAAAACAAGUCGGCAUUAUUGAUAAUGGAAGUAAAACACGUGAAGACAUUGCUUUAGAAGAGGGUGUUAAUCCUGAAGAUAUUCCAUGGAGUCGAGUUGAUGCUGUUGUGUUGAGUGGAGAACAAAUAGAUAGAUUAUCAGAAGAUGAUUGGAGUGCAAUAUUACGAAAGAAGCAAAUCGUAUUUUCUCGAACUUCACCUCAACAAAAACUGAUCAUUGUGAGCAGAUUCCAACAGGCAGGUCACUGUGUUGCUGUCACUGGCGACGGAACCAAUGAUUCACCUGCCCUGAAGAAGGCUGAUAUUGGAAUUGCAAUGAAUAUAAGUGGUUCGGACGUUUCUAAAGAAGCUGCGGCCUUAAUAUUGCUAGAUGACAAUUUUGCAUCAAUUGUUAAUGGAGUAGAAGAGGGAAGACUCAUAUUUGACAAUCUCAAGAAAUCCAUUGCUUAUACUUUGGCCCAUCUUUUACCUGAACUAAUUCCUUUCUUGCUCUUUGUGUUAGUUGGAUUUCCAACAGCCAUUUCAGGUCUAUUGGCGCUUUGUAUCGAUCUUGGAACUGACUUGAUUUCUGCCACAUGCUUGGCUUACGAAACCAAAGAGAGUGAUAUUAUGAGCAUUCCACCAAGACCAAGAAGCGAGUUGUUGGUUGGUUUUCGUGUCUUGUCAUUUGCAUAUCUACAACUUGGGGUCAUCAUGACAUUUGCAUCAUUUACAAGCUUCUUCUUGUGUAUGGGUUUCUAUGGCAUUCCACCAAGAUAUCUUUUCAGAGCAACCUAUGAUGGAUAUUUUGGUAUUACCUCCACUAAAUAUUUAUACAUUUCAGAGUCUGAAAUAUUGUUGAACCCAUUAGCACAGCUUAAUAUUUUGAGCACUGCUCAGGCUGCAUAUUUCUUGGGCAUUGUUAUUUGUCAAUGGUUCAGCUUGUUUGCUGUUAGAACAAGAAGAAUGAGUCUUUUCACACAAGGUCUAUUCACCAAUCUUGCUGUUUAUUUUGGAAUUAUCUAUGCAGUUAUUAUUGCUGUGAUUGUGAUCUAUGUUCCAUUCAUUGGAGAUUAUAUCAUUGCCACUAGACCUUUGCUAUUCAUGUUUUGGCUGUUGCCACUUCCAUGGGGAGCGUUCAUCAUCAUUUUUGAUGAGGUGAGAAAGUGGCUCAUUCGAAGAUUGUACUUUACUCCACUGCUUUGGUGA